UCUUGAAUUUUCUACAACAAACUCUAUAAAGCAGGCCAAUAGAAAAUAGGACCCAAAUUUAUUUAUUGUAAACAUAAAAAGGGAGAAAUCCACGUUUUUCUUCUCUCCUUUCCAAGAAUCAUCAAUAGGCUUUAAGAACUGAGGAGUCUUAUUGAACAUUUACUAACACUUAUAUUUGAUCAAAAGAGCUAGAGAUUAACCCCUACUUUAUUUUCCUCUAAGAAAAUGAUAGUAGUAAGAUGGUGGAUGACAACAUUCCAAUUGACAGAGCUGUUUGUGAGUUGUUUAGUUCAUUUGACUUACGGGCUUUACAUAUUCAGCACAGCAGUGGCCGGUGAUGUUUCCCAGACUCUGAGCGAUUGGCUUUUCAAGCCAAAUUUGGAAACUAGCCUUAAAACAGAUGAUUCAAAAAAGACUAACACUGAUUUGCCUCCUAUUGUGUUGGUUCAUGGAAUCUUUGGUUUUGGCAAAGGGAGAUUGGGAGGACUUUCAUAUUUCGCUGGUGCAGAGAAAAAGGAUGAAAGGGUUCUAGUACCGGAUUUGGGUUCACUUACUAGCAUUUAUGACAGGGCACGUGAAUUGUUUUAUUAUUUGAAAGGAGGGCAGGUUGAUUAUGGGGAGGAACACAGUAAGGCUUGUGGGCAUUCCCAAUUUGGACGAAUUUAUGAACAAGGACACUACCCCGAGUGGGAUGAAGAUCAUCCUAUUCAUUUUGUGGGCCAUUCAGCUGGAGCACAGGUUGUUCGAGUCUUGCAACAGAUGCUGGCUGACAAGGCAUUCAAAGGUUACGACAACACUUCAGAGAACUGGGUGUUAAGCCUAACAUCAUUAUCUGGAGCACUUAACGGGACAACCCGAACUUACUUUGAUGGAAUGCAACCUGAAGAUGGGAAGUCCUUAACGCCCGUAUGUUUGCUCCAACUUUGCCGCAUUGGAGUAAUAAUUUAUGAGUGGCUUGACAUUCCCUUGCUGAAGGACUAUUACAACUUUGGCUUUGACCACUUCAGUAUGUCCUGGAGGAAAAGUGGUAUCCGGGGUUUUGUUGAUUGCCUUUUAGGGAAUGGCGGUCCAUUUGCUUCGGGAGAUUGGAUACUUCCAGAUCUUACUAUCCAGGGGUCAAUGAAGUUGAACAGCCACUUACGUACAUUUCCGCAAACAUACUACUUCAGCUAUGCUACCAAGCGUACCACACAAGUAAUGGGUCUUACAGUUCCUUCUGGCGUUCUAGGGAUACAUCCGCUGCUAUUCAUCAGAGUCCUGCAAAUGAGCCAAUGGCGGCAUCCACAAGAUGUUUCUCCUCCGUACAAGGGCUAUAGGGAUGAAGAUUGGUGGGACAAUGACGGUGCUCUCAACACCAUAUCUAUGACGCACCCACGCUUGCCGGUUGAACACCCGAGUCACCUUGUCGUUAAAGAUUCUGAUUGUCAGCCCUUGCAACCUGGCAUCUGGUACUAUAAAAUUGUGGAAGGUGAUCACAUUCUUUUCGUUGUGAACCGGGAACGAGCUGGAGUUCAAUUUGAUUUGAUCUACGACAGCAUAUUUGAGCGCUGCAGGAAGCAUGUCUUAAGAAAGACUCCAACACUCCCAAACCAUAGUUAGGAAGAUAUUCUCUCAAGGGACGGUAUUCUGCAGUAUCACAUUCUUCUAAUCUCUUACACAUCGACAAAUAUCUAUUCGUCUUUGAAAUGGAUUUUAAGGUCAAUGUCUCUCAUUGUUCUUUUGUAUGUAGUUGUUAUCACCACCAUUGGCUCGUAGGCUUUCCGUGGGGAAAUGUGAAAGGGAAAUGUAAGUAGAGAUUUGCUCCGUUGCACUGUCAAAGAAGAUGAAGACAGAAUUCCAAAAGAAUACAGAACUUUCUGCUUUGACCAUGAACUCAAUGAUUUUUUAUGGUGAUUGACUGAUUUUUCAUCUCAAUAUAGUAAUAGUUGGGGAAAAUACAUAAGUUACUCCCUAAACUUGUCUCAAAAACUCAUUUACAUAUUCUAACUUUACGAGUGUCUUUUUACCCCCGAUUCUAACUCAAAGUAGAAUUAAUACCACCCUGAGAGCUGAUGGCAGAGAGUGUUUUCACUCCUUAAAACUUGUGACGGGGAAAAACAAGUGAAAAAUGGAUUAAUUUAAGGCAUGUGUUAUUCUUUAAUUGGAUAGUACACAAUUGACUAGACUAAUUUUGGCGAGCCUCUUUUCUUUUUUCAUUUUCCUCAUCUCUUCCUUCCCCUCAAUCUUCUAUCUUCACCUGCAAAACCACUGUGGUGCCUCCAAAACCACCGUUGCAGGUUCUCCAACUCCAAGACAAACCUUAUUUGGUUGAAAUCAUUGGUAAUAACUCAUGAUGCCCAAACACUUUUGUGUCUCUCUUUCAAUUCAUUGAACAAAAUCACAUAUUGGGUUUGCCGUCUCUAUAUAUCCAAAAGAGGUCCACAAAACUAAAUUUGCGUUUGUGUGUAUGGAUAUAUCCUUUGACACAGCUUAUUGGCUAUGUUUGAAAAAUAUUGUUUUGGUUAUUAUUAUUUCUCUUCUAUGUUACUAAACAAAAUCAACUCUAGUUCAUUUGGAAAAGAAAUAAAGCUUCGGUGAUUGAUCAUGGCAGAUCUGUCAUUCUCAGUUAUGUUACGGAAAGAUCAGCUCUCACCAUUAGAAACCCCGAUGGAAGCCAACAACAAACCACCAAGAUCCUCUUUCACCACCAGAAGUGCGCAUGCCUUCCGUCUUACUGUGAACGCCCACGUCCAAUGGAAUUUCUGGGAAGGAUUUCAAGAAAUGUAGAAGGAAAUGAUAGUGAAAGAGUUAAAUAAAAAUUGGAAAAAAGAGAGAUAAAUUAAAUUAGAUGGCAUCUGAUGUGGCGCCCUGUGUAAUACACCACCAGCCUCAAGAUUCGUGGAGCAUUCUCUGGGUGAUACAAUUCCACUUUGAAUACGAAUAAGAGGGUAAAAAGACACUCGUAAAGUUUAGGGAGCAACUUAUGUAUUUCCCUAAUAGUUACUUAAGAGUAUCUACAUCCAUACAUAAUAUUUGAUGUAAUAUGUAUUACAGAAAUGACUGAUUUGGCAUAAGGACCUUCGUAUUUUGAGUUA